GGCCGCAAACCCUUCUUCCUCCACCGCCACCGCCCACUCCCCCUCCUCCUCCUCUCCCGGGCACCGCGCGGCCGCCUGGGUUCUCCGCUCGACGCCGUACCCUCCCGGCCUCCACCGUGGACACCCCCCCUCCUCGGCGUGCGCCUCCGUCGGCCGCGUCGCCCCUGCGCGCCCCAACGCCGACCGCGGCCUGCUGCGCCCGCCGCCACCGUAGCCCGCUGCUUAUGCGGUGCCUCGCCUCAACGGAGCUUGAAUGAGUGUUGAAUAAGUCACCAGUGUUUAUGGACUUCAAACCGGCAGGAGAUUAUUCUUUCAGUGCUCACACUAGUCCUGCUGUAUUUCACAGUGGAUUGACAGAUCAUAACUUACCAAAGAAAUGCUGAUGGACCCUCCUGUUAUGCAAGUAGAUUGCCAAUUACAGAAUGAUUUGGAGAAAACAUCACCUAUCACCUAUGAUGUGACACAUGCCUUGUCACACGAUGAUCAUGGGUGGCAAUGUUCUGAUGCUCAUCCUGCGAGUGAUACAGUUAGCUGCAAACCUGUUGAAGUUAACAACUGUUCUCGAACGAGCAUAUGUGAGAACCUGGAUGUUUUUUCUGAAAAGUCUCCUGUUAAUUUCUCAGGUUUACCUCAGGAGAUGAAUGCCAGCCCCCUAAAAGAGUUGAAUGGCUCUGAUGCAUACUCUAAUGAUGUUAGAUUUCAGUUGAGCCUAAGCACUGAAAAUAGUACCCCCCAAAGCACAUCUGUUGACGUCGAUCAAAAGUUUGUUAGUAAGCAGGAAACACCUCAUUAUCGGGAAGAGAUGCAUCCACCUGCCACUAUGUUGACUGUACAUAAGCCAUGCCAGUCCGAUGGAGAUGCCUAUCUGUCUCGAGACAAGAACAUUACUGAAGAACAAGUCAAAGGGGACAAGGAAGUUGGAUUUGAUAUGAUAAGUAAUAAAGCUGAAAUUGAUACGUUAAAAGCUCAUGCAGUCCAGAAAGAAUUGCAGUGCACACUUCAAGAUCUGUCAGAAAUAGCUUGCAGCAUUGAUCCAGUACACAAAAUAUCUUCUCCGCACGAAGAGAACGAGACAUCUGUCUCACCUAAGAACAACAUGGAUCAGCAUGUUCAUAAUAACAACAAUUGUAAUGGCACUCAUUAUAAGGUUGGUCAUUUGAACACAGGAAAUGUUGGUGCAGAAGAUCAGACUGUUGCACUUUGGGUUAAGUGGAGAGGAAAAUGGCAAACUGGAAUUCAAUGCUUUAGAGUGGACUGCCCUUUAUCUACUCUAAAGGCAAAACCAACACAUGGCAGGAAGAGCUAUAUCAUUGUUUUCUUUCCCCGUACAAGAACUUAUUCUUGGGUUGACAUGCUACUUGUCCGUCCAAUUAAUGAAUAUCCUCUGCCACUCGUUAAUGGCACUCAUCGCAAGUGGCGAAAGCUAGUGAAGGAUUUGAGUGUUCCUCGACGAUUCAUCAUGCAGAAACUUGCUAUUUCCAUGCUAAAUUUUAGUGACGAGCUUCAUACAGAGGCUAUUGUUGAGAAUGCUCGGACGGCCACGAUUUGGAAGGAAUUUGCUCGGGAAGCAUCUUGCUGUAGAGAUUAUACUGAUCUUGGGAAGAUGCUCGUCAAACUUCAGAAUAUGAUUCUUCCAGACUACACAAGCUGUCAUUGGCUGCAAGAUUCUUUUGACUUGUGGAGCCAAAAGUGCAACGAUGCUCAUGAUGCUGAGACCGUUGAAAUCCUUACUGAGGAACUUAGGCAAGCUGUUCUUUGGGACAAGGUUGAUGAAUUGUGGAAUGCACCAAUGCAGCCUGAAUUAGUCCCCGAGUGGAAAACCUGGAAACAAGAAGUCAUGAAGCAGUUCUUUUCAUCUCAUCCAUUUGGCAAUGCUGGCACCUUUGAACAAAACAAUUGUUAUGAUGAUACAGGUAUGGAUCAACAAGCUUGUAUAAAACAUCCCAAACUCGAAGUCCGCAGAGGAGAGGCACAUUUUUCACAAGAAGAUGCUAACCUCAACACAUUAAGCGAGGACCCAAACAAAAGUAACCUCCCCAGUAGCUCCAUCGUUCGUGAAGCUUUAGGACCUUUAGAAUCAAGAGAUCAGAAUAACACUGCUUCCUUCCCCAGUACUUCUGGUGUCCAGGACAUUGGAGAAUCAAACAGUGCUUUACAGAAUGUCAGGCAUGAGUUAGAUUCAUUCAAGAGCUCUCGGCAGUGUUCUGCAUAUAUAGAAGCGAAGGGAAGACAAUGUGGUAGGUGGGCAAAUGAUGGCGAUAUUUACUGUUGUGUGCAUCAAAGUAUGCAUUUUGCUGACCAUUCGUCUAGGGAAGAGAAGUCACCUAAUGUUGAAACUCCACUGUGUGGUGGAAUGACUAAUCUUGGUAGAAAAUGCAAGCAUCGAGCCCAGCAUGGUUCUAUUUUUUGUAAAAAACACCGCUUCCAAACAAAUCCAGAUGCAAUGAGCUCAGAUAGUUUGUUAAGUUCAUCUGAGGGCCGUAAGUGUGAAGAGUUGCAGAAAGGCAUGGAGAAGAUGUCUUCCUCAAAUGCAACUUGUAGUGUAGGCUCAGAGCGAGCAAAUAAUUUCCAGGUUGCUGUGCACAUGAAAGUUACCCCAACCAUGGCUGUGGAGAUAUCUGGUGAUAAAGCUCAUGUGUCAGAGAACACUGAUCUUUUCUACCCUGCGUCAACUUCCAUGGAAAACUCUAACUUAGAUACUUCCAUUUGCAUUGGAAUACGCUCUCAUGACAAUACUGUUGACUGCCAGAAUUAUGCUGUACGGCAUACACUUUACUGUGAGAGGCACAUACCAAAGUUCCUUAAACGUGCCAGGAACGGAAAGAGUCGACUCAUCUCUAAAGAUGUCUUUAUCAACCUAUUGAAGUGUUGCACGUCAAGGGAAGAAAAGAUGUACUUACAUCAAGCAUGUGAGUCUCUUUAUUGGUUCUUGAGAAGUAAUCUUUCUCAGCAACGCUCAGGUCUUGGUAGUGACCAUAUGCCCCAGAUAUUAGCUGAAGUGUCAGAAAACCCUAAUGUUGGAGACUUUUUGUUAAAAUUGAUCUCUAGUGAGAAAGAAAAGCUUACACAUGUUUGGGGCUUUGGUACAGAUAGCUCUAAUCAAAUGUAUUCUGAAAACCAAGAGGGAUCAGUGAUGGUGUUACAUGAAGAUGGACCACAUCCUUCAUCUGGCCUGAAGUGCAAAAUAUGUUCUCAGGUGUUCUCUGAUGAUCAAGGACUUGGGUUACACUGGACAGAGGUUCACAAAAAAGAAGUACGGUGGCUUUUCAGAGGCUAUUCUUGUGCUGUAUGCAUGGACUCGUUUACCAACAGAAGAGUUCUUGAAAGACAUGUGCAGGAAAAACAUGGUGCUCAAUAUCUCCAAUAUUCGAUAUUCUUACGUUGUGUGUCGUGCGACAGAAAAUUUUUGAACACAGAUCUUUUAUGGCAGCAUGUUGUUUCAGAUCAUUCUCGAGAUUUAAGCCUUCUGGAUCAUGUCCCGCGGCGACCUAGGGCUCAAUCCAUCAAAAUAACUGAAAGGGCAAGUGAUGGGCUCCUUUAUGAUAACCAUAACCUGGGGAAUGACGAUGAUACACAGAAGUUCACCUGUGGAUUAUGUGGGUUGAUAUUUGAUCUUUUGCCAGAUCUUGGGCGCCACCAUCAGGUUGCUCAUAGUAACUCAGGUUCAGUCAGUGACAUCCCUUCAGGACGUGAGAAGUAUCAAUUUAAUCGUGGUCGACACUAUUAUUCUUCCUUCAAGAAGAGUUUGCGACCAUCUGGCACAUUGAAGAAGAGGACUAGUUCUGGAAUUGAGAAACAUUUUAAGGCUCAAAGCUUGGAGCUACCUAUGGAUACAUCACAGAUUGUGGAAUCCGAGACAACACCCCUUGGUAGGUUACUGGAUUUCCAAUGCUCAGACGUGGCAUUGGCUUUAUUUUCAAAAAUUCAAAAGACAAGACCCCAACCAAGCAACCAUGAUAUUCUGUCUAUUGCCCGUUCUAUUUGCUGUAAGACAAGUCUUCGUGCAGCAUUGGAAGCUAAAUACGGAAUCUUGCCUGAUAAUAUAUUUGUGAAAGCUGCAAAGCUUUGUAGUGAUGUUGGCAUCCAAAUUGAUUGGCAUCAAGAAGAAUACUUUUGCCCUAAAGGUUGCAAGUCUAAGUCUAAUUCUAAUGCCUUGCUCCCUUUACAGCCUACCCAAGUUGAUUUUGUGAUGAAUCCUCCAAAUAGUGAUGAGAUAUGGAGCAUGGAUGAAUAUCACUAUGUUCUUGAUUCAGAACACUUUGGUUGGAAGCUUAAGAAUGAGAGGGUUGUUGUUUGUGAAGAUGUUAGCUUUGGCAGGGAGAAAGUUCCAGUUGUCUGUGUCAUUGAUGUAGACGCAAAAGAAUUUCUACAUAUGAAACCUGGAGAUUUUUUGCAGCAUGAAAACCCUCUGCCUUGGCAAGGUUUCCACUAUAUAACAAAACGUUUGAUGGAUUCAUCUCUUGUUGAUUCAGAGAACUCUAUGACUGGGUGUGCUUGUUCUCAUGCCCAUUGCACUCCUGAGAACUGUGAUCAUGUGAACCUCUUUGACAGUAUCUAUGAUGAGAACCUAGUGGAUCUCCGUGGUCAACCCAUGCGUGGUAGAUUUGCAUAUGAUGAAAAUGACAAAGUUGUUUUGCAGGAAGGGUAUCCUAUUUACGAGUGCAAUUCAUCAUGCACCUGUGAUGCCUCCUGUCAGAAUAAGGUACUGCAGAGAGGACUUCUGGUUAAGUUGGAAAUCUUCAGAACCGAGAAUAGGGGUUGGGCUGUUAGAGCUGCAGAACCUAUUCCACAGGGCACUUUUGUGUGUGAAUAUAUUGGAGAGGUUUUGAAGGUGAAGGAUGAUGGUGCCAUAAGAAAUGUAGAAAGGGAGGCAAAAGGUGGUAGCAGCUACUUGUUUGAAAUCACUUCUCAGGUUGACAGGGAAAGAGUUCGAAUUACAGGGACUACUGCAUACGUGAUUGAUGCCACAAGAUGUGGCAAUGUGUCCCGCUUUAUUAAUCAUAGCUGUUCCCCAAAUCUCAGUACGCGUUUAGUUUUGGUGGAGAGUAAAGACUGUCAGCUUGCUCAUGUUGGUUUGUUUGCAAACCAGGAUAUCCCAGUGGGAGAAGAGUUGGCCUAUGACUAUCGACAAAAAAUGCUACCUGGUGAUGGUUGCCCCUGCCAUUGUGGUGCUCAGAAUUGCCGAGGGCGUGUGCAUUGAAUUUGCAGGAUGGCAGAAAAUGACAAGGGAGCAGUCCGUUACUUAUUAUAUCUCCAGAUAUUCCUACAAUGGCGUCGCUUAGCAAUGAAUAGCAGUUUUUUUUCUAGAGCAACAAUGCAGUGCUAGGAUCUAAUUCUCCAUGCCAUCAUUAGGAAUUAUCAUAUAGGUCUCUCAACAGUUAUUAGGCACACCAUACAAUUAAUUUUAGUCGUGGCACACAUGCUUAACUGAUCAUUUGUUAGGAGCAACCUGAAAUGAAAGCAGUUCAGGCUGUAUUGUUUGUAGACCAGAAGUGAAGUGUCAUUGUAAAAUACCUUCAUUCAAUUUUUACUGCUCAUAAGCGCCAUCGUCCAAGUUGAACCAAA